GGGGGGGGGUGUUCUAGCUUUAAUGAAUUCCAUUAUCAUCCUUACAUGUAUAUAUAAUUCAAGGAAGACCUUCUCCUCGACAUGCUCUCCAACAGGACUUCAUUGACCCUCUUUUGACAUUUGAAAGACGUUUCGAAAACCAUAUUGAUUCUUUUCCCAGUAGUUGAGCCCACCAACCAGUUUGCAUGGAAUCUUCAAAUGUCGGAGCGUCUUAGCAGUCCUUGAACGCAGCACCCAUGCGCUCUGGUGAAGCCGGUGUGGCUCCCACUGCGGACAGAUGAGGUGGAAGCACCCGGAUCACAGCGGCAGGUUGGAGGGCUUUAAGUUCCAGACUGUUGAGUUCUCUCCAAGAGUCUGCAGGUGAGCAGAUGUGAGUGUUUAGUUCACAGCGCAGUGCGCAACAAGUUACGCGCAUGCUUUGAGAGGGUUUUUUGACUGCAGAUGUGCAGUUCCCUCAACUUCUAGCAAAGUGCAUGCUUGAAGAGAAAUAAAACCAUUUGUCUCUGGCUCUCCGGGAUGUCGUCCACGGCCCUCCUCCUCCUCGCCGCCUUCGGCGUUUUUGCGCAUUUGGCCACUUUUACGCACGGGUGCCAGCUCCCUUCCGAGUGGCGGCCGCUCAGCGAGGGCUGCCGGGCGGAGCUGGCGGAGAUCAUCGUGUACGCCCGGGUCCUGGCGGUCCACCGGGAGCCCCCGCAGGGCGGCGGGCCGAGCGGCCCGUACAACUCGCUGCCGGUCGGCUACGGGUACGAGGGCGCGGAGGAAGGGCUGCUGUACUCCGCGGAGGUGGAGAUGCUGUGCGACCAGGCCUGGGGCAGCAUGCUGGAGGUGCCCACCGGAUCCAGGCUCAACCUGACGGGGCUGGGGUACCUGUCCUGCCAGUCCCACACCGUGAUGGAGAACUACUCCUACUUCUUCUUCCUCAGGAUGGACGACAACUACAACUUCCUCCCCCACGGCGUCAACUUCCAGGACGCCAUCUUCGCCGACACGUCCGACAACCGCCGCACGUUCUCCAGCCUCUUCCAGUUCUCCAACUGCACCCACGGGAGUCAGCCGUUCCACACCUUCAGCCCGGAGUGGGACACACAGGAGGACAGCAGGCUGCUGUGCUCCUCGGUGCAGGCCGCGCUGUUCGAGGAGGAGGAUCGCGGCCGCCGGAUGCAGGAGCGGCUGGCGGCGGCGGAGCGGCGGAACCGGCAGCUGAAGGAGCGCGUGCGCAAGCUGAAGCGCUCGCUGGGGAGGGCGCGCGGCGCCGAGCGCGGGGGCCGGAGGGCGGGGCAUCACCUCAACGCCGUCACGCAGGAGGAGGAGCCACCGUCGCCGCCCGGGCGCUACGCCAACACGGCGAUACGCAAGAGGAUGCAACUUUAACCCCCCCCCCCCCCCACACACACACACACACACACACCUGGACUGAACAGACUGCUGGGCGGUCUCCAUGAGGGGAACAUAAAUCACACAUGAGUAAACACACUUUAAUGAUGAAGUAUUAACCGUCUUCACUUCACUUCUGUCUCCCUCAAUCGAACUUCUAUCGUUUUCUGAUUCCACUUCCUCUCGCCACUCGUCUGGUUUUUGAGUAACGGGGUUAAGUAGCGGCCCGCGUCUGAAAAAAACAAAUUACAGACUAGGAAUGUUGUUGCGGGGCCGCGUGGCUCGGCCUGACCUCCUGGGCGGGGCUCCCCUCAACAGGAAGCGUCCCGCGUCCAGCUCGGAGGACGAGGCCAGAGCCUCACGUGGAUCCAAUGGGAUGAAAUGAAAAGCUUCGAGGUUGAAAACAAACAGAACGACGAGCGAAGCUAGAGGAGGACGGAGGGAUGUUUAACGUGAUGAUAUUCACGAUGAGGAACCCAUCGCUGGUGAGAACCUGUUGAGUCCGGACACUUUGAAGCAUUUCAGUCUGUUCUGUUUCCCAAAAGACAACCGAGACGAACUCACAACCUCAAAGACGCCCUCCACGCCGGGGAACACCGCGUUACGCGAGAAGAACGAAGUCGUCUGGAGUUGAAAGUCGGAAGCUUGUCGGCUCGUACGCGGGCGCUUUAGUGUUUUAGUGUUUUAGUAUUUUAAGUUGUGUCGAAUGAUUUUCCUGCAUAAUAAAUGUGACCUGAUGAACA